CCCGAGUCCUAGGAUGGCCCCUCACGAGGAGCAUUUCCAAGUAUCUGCCUCUACAUCUAGUACUGCCACCCGAUUCAUAGCGGAUACACCGUAGGGGGUCUAACCAUAGCGUUAGGCACCAAGCAAAACCAAAGUGCAGCGUGGAAAAUGCAAAGAAGAAGAAAAAGAUGACGGCCACGCUCUAUGGCAGGAUGCUGCUGCUCCUACUGACCUGUUUUCCGGGCUUUGUUCAAGCGCGCCGCCUGAACAGUUUCGUGCGCCACUUCGAGCCCCUGUCGUACGAGCCGCGGCCGGUGCACAGGGACCACGUGCGCGUCAGGCGAUCACUGGGCGGCAGCGACUCGCAGCAUCCGCACGACAUCGUUCACCUCCGCUUCCAAGGCUUCGACAGGUUGUUCCAUCUGAAGCUGAGGCCAGACGCGUCCGUAUUUCACAAGGACCUCGUGGUCGAGACUUCGACGCUCGGUCGAGUGAAGCCGGAUAUCGGUCACAUCUACAGCGGCACACUUGUCGGCGAUCCUUCCAGCCGGGUAUUCGGUGGCUUGCACAACGGCGUGUUCGAAGGGUCCAUCCAGUCCCGCUGGGGCCGCUUCUACGUCGAAGGGGCGCACAAGUUCUUCGCCCGACGCACGCCUUUUCACUCGGUGAUGUACGCCGCCGAAGACGCUAGCAUGCCUCGCGCAGGAUGGUGCGGUGUACGCGGGGAGACCGCACGCUGGAUGCAGCAGCUGGCAGUCUCCGCCAGGCGAACGCAGGAGGCUACCUCAAAUGAAAGCCACGUACACGGCUCAAGGACCGAGCGUUGGACGGGCCGGAGGCCAUUGGCAGCACAGGGAGCCGAGGAGCACUACUUCGACGCGGAAGACGAGCAAGACGGCGGCCCCGUGGCCGGUCCCGUGCAGCGGAGGAGGAAGAGCGUGCGCACUUACCGCGUGUGCGGCCUGCACAUCGCCGUCGACCACCUGCUGUACAAGAAGUACCACAAGGAGGACGGCGACGCGGUGCGCACGCGCGAGCGCCUCUCCACGCUCAUUGCUGGUCACGUGGCCCGGGCUUCCGAGGUCUACCGCCGCACGAGCUUCGGUUCAGUUCAAGACGUCAGUUUCGUCGUGCACCGAGUUCAGAUCAACGAUACCGCAAGCUGCUCAGACAAGAAGAACCAGUUCUGUCAGGAGAACAUGGACGCGGCUCUCUUCCUGCUGACCACGGCACGGUCCGCCAAUUUCGACGAAUACUGCCUCGCGUACUCGUGGACAUACCGAGAUUUCGCGGACGGCGUCCUUGGCUUGGCCUACUUGGGAAAUUCAUCAACGAGCACUCUGGGUGUGUGCGAGAAGAACAAGCUUGUGCCGACUGACCAGUCCGGCCACAAGCUCGGGCUGACCAGGCUCAGCCUCAACACGGGCAUCAUCACGUUCCUCAACUACGGCCAUCACGUGUCACAGGCCUCCAGCGAGAUCACCUUCUGUCACGAGAUCGGUCACAAUUUUGGAUCACCUCACGACGAGCCGGAUAGUAGCCCGUGCGUGCCGGGCGACAAGAGAGGUGGGAACUACAUCAUGUACCCGCAAGCCAGCAACGGUGCCCAUGCCAACAACUACCAGUUCUCCAACUGCAGCAUCGCCAACAUCAGCGCAGUGAUGCAGCCCAUGCUGGAGGGUAACAGCAAGCGGGAGAAUUGCUUCGAAGCUGACAGCGGGCCGAUCUGCGGCAACGGCCUACGCGAAGGGGACGAGCAGUGCGAUUGCGGCUACACCGAGGCCCAAUGCAAAGAGAAGUGCUGCUACGUCCGCAGAAAUACCGUCAACGCUCAAGGGUGCACCCUCAAGCCGGGCGCCGAUUGCAGUCCGUCAGCGGGACCGUGCUGCGACAAUGACUGCAACCUGCAUCCCUCUGACGUGCUCUGCCAUCCUGCAACCGACUGCCGAGAGGAAGCGUUCUGCUCCGGCCACAAUGCUUUCUGCGCCCCAGGAAAACCCAAGCCCAACCUCACAGCUUGCAACAAGGGCACGCAGAUGUGUAUCGACGGCGAUUGUGUGGGCUCCAUUUGCCUCAAAUACGGCAUGCAGGAGUGUUACCUGUCGGGAGACGGUUACACGGUGGACGAGAAGUGCCUCAUUGCGUGCGAGGACCAAGCAGGAAAGUGCAGUGAGGCGUGUCACUAUCCGGCCAUGAAGUCGCUAUGCGGGGCCAAGAUGCGACCGGGAUCCUCGUGUGAGGACAAGCAUGGUUACUGCGACGUCUUCCAGAAAUGCCGCCGCGCGGACGAGAAGGGAUUGCUGACGAGGCUGGAUGAGGCGCUUUUUGCCUCGAAAACCUACAAAUCUGUCAGCGAUUACGUUAGGUUGCACCCGUACAUGUCGGCCCUCUACGUGCUCCUCGUCGUGGCCCUGAUGGCGCUGUUCUUCCACUGCUUCUCCGCGCAUACGCCCAGCAGCCACCCACUCAGGCCGCACCGCGACUUCAAGAACAAACUACGCUACCGUUGGAAAACACACCACCCCCGACGUAUGUGACAUUCGGCCAGACCUUUUUCGUGCUUGGGGUCAAGGGGUCGCUCCUGGACCUUCGGGGCGAGGCGCGCUGACCGCGGAUCGCCGUCAGGAGCACCAGGAAAUUUUUCCUGAGCGCUAUGUUUUCUUAGAUGUGAAGUUCAACGAGCUUGUACAGUAAGUGUCGUAAUAAAGACGCCUAUGGUUAA